AUGACGAUCAAAAUGGAUAAGACGUCGAUCAUCGUUUGCUCAGUGAUCGGGUCUCUAGGAUUGUUGAGUGCCAUCCUGGGAUUCUCGGCAGAGGGGACAAAGCUCACUCCAUAUACCAUACUGGUGUACGGCGACGACUGCCUCUACCCGCAGAACCCGGCGAUCGGGCUCGGGAUCUGCGCUGCCAUCUUCCUGAUAGUGGCUCAGGUCACCUUCUCCGCGGUGGGCGGCUGCUGCGGCUGCUGCAGGUCCCGCUCCAUCCCUUCGGAGACCAAGAGGAUCGUCAGCAUCGUCUGCGCCGUUUUCUCAUGGAUAGCGGCAGUGAUCGCGUUCGCGCUGUUCAUAGAAGGAGCGGCGUGGAACGCCAACGUGGUGCGGGUGGCCGAAGCGCCCUACUGCCCCUACCUCAAGGACGGCGUCUUCGCCGGCGCGGGCGUGCUCGCCCUCGCCGCCACGGCGCUCGGCAUCACCUCCUUCAUCAUGCAGCGGACUCAGCCAGCAGCUGGGGACGCGGCGGCAGCGGCAACGCCAGGCACACCAAACAACAGGCCAGGCGCAGCAGGCGGGCAGUCGCCGUCCCCCGAGGUAGUAAUGGACCACCCGCUGUUACCAUCGGGCAAACCACAGAACGACUACCCUGUAAAACCCCAGGGAUACGAGCAGCCUCAGGUCGUCCCUCCUACUGAGUCUCACCCACAAGCAGGCUACGCACAGGCACCACAGACGAACCUACAGCCCCCUCCUCCAGCUGCUCAGGACAAUGUGUCCCACCACGCGCCGAACCACCAGCUCCCUCCGCGCCCGCCAGCCCCAGCAGCGGCACCGGCGGUCGCCGUGGCAGCAGCCGCAGCCUCGGAACCAAGCGUGCUGCAGCCGGCGCUCGGGCCGGUCGCGAUGGGCCAACCGCUGCCGCAGGUUCCGCUACAGUACUCUGUUCCUAUCCCGGCACCUCAGGUCGGCGGCGUGGAUAUUCCGGCCGGCGUUCUCCCCUCUACUGCUCCUUCGACGCCAGGGAGCGGACCGUCGGCACUUUCGACGGUUAUUCGCAACGAAGUAGCGAGACAAGGAGUUAAAUUGGCUGCGCACGUGGUGACGCAGUCCCUCUUUUCUGAUAACAACACCGUUGGGGAUGGCGUUCUUUCCAUCAUGACUGGUUCUGCUGGAGGCGACGCUGUUCAGGCUACAAAUUAA